AUGGAGAAUGAUAUGGAAGAAUACGUACGGAAUUGCGAUACCUUUCAAAGCAAUAAAGGCUCAAGUCAUGAGAAGUACAGGAUGCUACAACAGUUAGAGGUCCUCAACACUCCUUGCAGCUCCAUCUCGAUGGACUUUAUUGUCGGCCUGCCAGGAUCUGAAGCCCAUACCCUCAUCGGGUUCAUACCGCUCAAGACCGAGGCAACAAUCAAGGAACUUGCGCAUAUAUUCCUUCAAGAAAUAUGGCGACUAUAUAGACUAUCCGAAGAAAUCAUUUAUGAUUGGGACUUUAGAUUCGAAAGCAAGUUCUGGCAUUUAUUGAUGAAGCUUUUCAGAGUCAAGCAAUAUUUCAGAAACUGUUGCUCCUACCAGCAGGACAAUUGGGCAGGGUUACUCCCGCCAGCAGAGUAUGCCUACAACAUGGCAACCCAACAGUCAACUAAAGUAUCUCAGUCCUACGUGAACUAUGGGUUCGAGCCUGAUUCCAAUUGGCAUUCACACACAUGGAAGCUGGAUAAUGUUUAUGUUUCCAGCGCCGUACUAGAGUCCAAGUGGAAAGUUCUUUGGAAAACAAUGAGGACUGAUAUUUUUGAAGGACAGGCCCGGUAG